GUACCCCGUUACAUGGAGCAACUCCUUGAACAACUUGGCUGGAACCAAGGAACAAGAAUUCCUCUUGCAAAUCCUAAUAAUCAAGUAUUAGAAAAUCUUCUAAUAGACAGACAAAACGAGAUCCAGCGUCUCAAAGAGUCUCUUAUUCUUCAAAAUCAGAAGCGAGAUGAUCUUAAAAAGUAUAAGAAUAGUGGUCAGACUGAAUAUCAAGAGAAUACUCUUCUUCUAUUCGCCCUCAAGAGCCAAUUGGAGCAAGAAGUGAAGCUUUACAGUCUUGCAACAACAGAAAUUGAAAGUCUUGCUCGGACCACUGCCCAUGCUACUAAGAAAAGCAAAGAAAUCAAUAGUCGCAUUGAUAGAUUUCAAGGCAGCAUUGCACGCCUUCUGAAAAGAGCUGAUGACCUGAAGAAGGAAGUGUGUGGUGAGCGUGGAGCGUUGCAAGAAUGGCGUGCAGCUAUUGAGCAUAAUUCUGGAGAUAUUAUGGCUAUUGAACAGUUCACUAAGAAUGACGUUUCUAUGGCUAAGGCUCUUGAGACGAAAAGGCAGAAAUUGAAAGUGGAACAUGACCACAUGAGUGAUCGUCUCAACCAAAUGGUGGCCAAUCUUAGUGCAGAGGAGAGAGCUUGCGAAAGGAUUUCUGUACAAGUAAUAGAGGGCAUAGAACAAAGGAGGCAGAUGAUGACAAUGUGGACUGCAGCAGUGGAGAAUUUACGACAGCGCGAUACGGAUAUCAGACACGUGCGAGAGGAUUACGCAGUAUUAGAAGAAGAAGCCACCAAAAUAGCAGAAGAAUGUCGUGAACAGCAAACGUUCUGCCAACAGCAAAAAGCUAACAAUGCAGAGGCCGCCAAAGCCAACGCCGCUUUCGCAGCCAAGAUGGGCACCAUACGCAUGUCCUGUCAGAAACUUGUAGAAUAUAAUGUUACUUUGGAUAGCGAGGUGAAAAGUUUGACUCGCGUGCUAAGCAACAUGCAGAGUCAGUUAGAGAAGCUGCACAUGGAAAACCGACGCAUCAUGGACAUGCAGCAUCUCAAGGACCGCGCGCUCAGCGUUAUAAGCCAGAAGCUUCAAGAACUGAAAGAAAAACUGGCGGAUUCUAACGACAAAACCAAAUCAUCUGAGAAACGAGCUAAAGAGCUUGAACAGAUGCUAAAUGAAGAAGAGCGUUAUGCAACUCAAAUGACAGCGAACGAACAGCGAGCCAUGCAUUGUUCAUUCAUCGAGCAGCAAAAGCUGUUAGCGCUCACUAAUGAGGAGAAACUCUUCAAAAUACAGCUGAAAGCAUUAAAGACUAUUAUGGGUAAGCUGGACGCGAAGGAGGUUGAGUUCGAGAGAAAGCUGCAGACUCAGAAGGAAUCACUUUACAUCAUCGUUUACCAAGUGGAAACUAUAGGUGCGCGUGUGGCCCAUAUGGAAGGAGCGCAGGCCGAACGAGAAUGCAACGACGUACUUGUACAAAAAGAGGAAAGACUGAAGCGCGUGUGUUCUCUACAUGCGGCGCGCGUGGCCCUGCUGGAGAGACACUCGACCAAACUCCAUGACGACAUGCGCAAGUACGCCAGGGACCUCGAACUAAAGGGGCAGGAGCUCGAAGUGAAGAAAAGCCGUCUAAAAACAGCAAUUCUGAACGUAGAAGGUGGCGAGAAAGACAUCCGGAGUGAGCGCGAAGCAUGGCGCAACGACCGCGUAGAAGAAGCACUGAUGAGACUACGCGUGACUCAUUCUACACGUGCCGUAGCUGGCUACGAUGACACAGCCUUCUCGCUCGACAAACAACGUUUGCAGUUAGAAGCGGCAAUGAACGAGCGGCUUGUAGAAAUCGCGGCGCGACGCGACUUGUUCAUGGUGCAGAAAAAUGCGCUGAUUGGGGACUGCGGUAAGCUGCGGGUCGAUAUCCGCGAGCGGCAACAGCGGAUCGAACAACUUAUGAAGAGAUACGAAAUAUUCAUCAAUUCGCUGGGCAAAGAUGAAUCUGGACAACAGGUUUCUGUAGCUUACUUCAAAAUCAAGUUCGCAGCGGAACGCGCAGAAUUGCGCGAGCGCGGCGCGCAGCUGGAUGCAGAGAUCGCGCAUACAGAAGCCGACGUCUCGGCGCUUGAGGCCACCAUGCGCGUGGUCGCUGCGGCGCACCACCACUUCAUGCACCACAUCUCGCCACUGAACGACGAAUCGGAGGAAAUGCAAGAGGUAUACGCACUAACGAAGGAGUACUACGAGAAGAGAGAUGAGCUUAAGGCGCUUCGAGCUGAUAUCGCGGAUUUAGAGGAGAGGGUCAACGUCCGCGCUAGCCGCCUCGCCUCUCUUAAUGAAAAGUGCAAACAGCUGGCUGCUAGGGAGUCAGAAGCAGACGGCGAUUUGGAAGCGGCCAAAGAGCGCCUUUCACGUCAAGAGAUGCGGCUUGCCAAUGCCAAGGACAUCGUAAAACAUAACGCAAAGCGCGCUAAGAAGCUUAUUGAAGGUUAUGAAGACUGGCGCAUGUUUCAGUUGUGCAUGUGGAUCCGCGAUUACACGGAAGCCGCACAUAGUUCUCUGCACGCCAUUUAUGACGCGUGCUGCAAAGCUGAGGAGCCACUUCAUCACUUCGCGUCGCUUCUCACCUCCGUUGAUCUGAAGCGAUACAUACCGAAAUCACAACGCCGCCUGGAGUUGUUUAUUGACAGAAUAUUGAACGAGACUUCUCCUGGCGGUAAACAGAGCGCUGUAGGAUUGGAGCUCGAGAGGUCGGUGUUUUCGUCUUCUUCAUCUUCCGUGCACAGCGGCGUUAGCUUGGCAAGCGGCUACACGCGUCGCUUUUGCGGUUUCCGCAAACAUCUAGCCGAGCGGGUGCAGGAACCCGUGCUGCUACAAGAGGUUCCACAACAAGCUCGGCGGUCUACGGUCUCUUUAAAAUUGGUCACUCUGGGCAUGGAAGAAAGUUUCCCCACCGUGGAUUCCUCGAGAAUGUUGUCACAGCAUUCGCGCAAAGGUUUGCGUUAAUCUUUGAAGAUUUGUUUUUUACAUAUUUGUGAGCAAAGUUAUGUUGGUCUUUAACAUUGUGAAGACUGAAUAACGUCACUAUUUGCUUAGGGCAACAAUAAAAUCUAUUCAGAUUGCAUUGCUUUGGUUUGUGGGUACACAUGGUGCCAAUUCUAAAUAAUACUUGCCAAGUUAACAUGGAAUAGCAAUUACUAGGAUUUAUAUGAUUGCCUUAUUCCAGGUUUAUUAUAAUAGAAAUUUUACUGUUCAGGCAAAAAGUUGAAAAAUUUAUGAGGCAAAUGUGAACUUACCACUUCUAAAUUGAGAACGUCCUGACGAAAGGUCAGGUCAAAUAUACCCUUAACUGACGAGAGCGUAUGAAAGUAUUCAUGCUGUUGAUGGGGCGAAAGAUGUGAGUCAGAGUCGUAGCAAUUAGAAGGUUGUUGUAUCUGCCUACCCCGAUGACAGAAAAAGGGUGUAAAGCAUAUGUAGGUAAAAAGUCGGUUCCAGUCGUAAAGAAGUAAGUUAUGUGGUGUCAUCAUUCUUCAAACUCGAGAAUCACAGCAUCUAUCUUAGAUCUGAUUGCACUCUGAAAAAAAUCUUGAAUUAGUCUGUUCAAGUUACAACAACCUAACGACAGUCAGUCUUUUAUUUAGAAAGUACAUACAAGAGAUUAAUUUUGAAAAGGGCUAGUUAAGUUGCCCAUAAUUUUAUAUUAAAUACAUUAAUAAUAAAAAAAUAUUACACUUAUCGCACAGACGUUAAGUUUUUUUACAAGUAUUUGAUAUUUAGCGGUUUAAUUUAAAAGUUUCAAGAUCAACAAAUUAGCAAAAAAAUAUGGCGUUACUUUUGCGUAUUGUUGUAAGGAUUUAUCGAUUGGCUUGAUUUAUAUAUACGAGUAUAUGUUAUCUAGCCGUCUAAACGCGACUAAGUCACGAGUUCACGACACCUCUCUAGUCAUAAUUUAAACAUUUUAUUAAGACGAUCCUGGAAUAAGGCGCGCUUGAUGUUUGAAUAUUUACUAUUUGUACGUAUGGGGGAUUAGAUAAAAAAUAUUUUUUACGUGUUAUGUUAAACGCAAUGCAAUGAGAAUGCAAACUUAUAUUUUUUUGUAUUGAAAUCGUAACACGACAAAGUUUUUAUAAUUAAUUUUAAUU